AUGCCAGGCUCCCUGGCCGAGUACCUCGCCAAGAACUACCUCACUGCCGAUCCAGGCACAGAACGACCCAAAAAGAAACGCAAGAAGACCAAAGCCGUUGACACCGCAGACUCGGGACUCAUCAUCACCGACGACGACCCAACGGACCUGCGAUCCUCAGCCGCAAACACAGGACUCGACGAUGAGGACCGCCCAUCCGUGGACACAACACACAAGAGCGCUGAGUUCCGACGCGCCAAGAAAUCCGGCUGGAAAACCAUCGGGGUGUCAGGCGCAGGCAAUGAACAAGAGGCCGCAGACGCGAUCUUAGCAUCUGCAGCGGCGGAGCAGGCGGCACAGCGUGCAGAGGGCGACGAUGACGAUGCGCCGAUGAUAGAAGGGGAGGAGGGAGACCAGGGCCUGCGCAUGGAAUCCGGGGCGCUCGCAGGACUGCAGACAGCCAAGCAGACAGCGGCCAUGGUGAAGGCGCAGGAGCGACGGAAACGAGCCGAGGCAGCUCAGUUCCAAGACCCCGGAGCUUCCGACGCAAUGGCCCAGGAAACAAUCUAUCGUGACGCCUCUGGACGCAUCAUCAACGUGGCAAUGAAGCGGGCCGAAGCGCGGCGCGCUGAAGAAGAAAAACGCGAGAAAGAAGAGCGCGCCCGCGAGGCGCUGAUGGGCGAUGUGCAACGACAACAACGCGAGGCGCGCAAGCAGGAACUACAAGAUGUGCGAAGCAUGCCCGUGGCACGGACGAUUGAAGACGACACGAUGAACGAUGAACUCAAGGCGCGGCAGCGGUGGAACGAUCCCGCUGCGCAGUUCCUGACAAACCUCCCUGAGCCCGGGGCCAGCGUUACUGGGAAACCGUUGUACAAGGGCGCGUUCCAGCCCAAUCGCUACGGUAUUCGCCCGGGCCACCGGUGGGAUGGAGUGGAUCGAGCCAAUGGAUUUGAGAAGGAGUGGUUUGCGUCGAGAAAUAAGAAGGAGAGGAUGGAGGCGCUGGAGUACCAGUGGCAGAUGGAUGAGUAA